AUGCAGUUCUCCAACGCUCUUCUCGCUAUCAUUUCAGCCGCUGCCACUGCCCAGGCUGGUUGCUUUACUAGGGGCGACGGCAAUGGUCAAGGUGAUGGUCAUUACGGCCAGGGCUUGAACCAGUACGACAUUCUCUCUUCUGUGGCACCUCUACUGAAGGGACACUACUUGUCCAAUGAAGAACGUCAGCAGUGCGCCAUGGACACUUACCAGAACAAGUGGAAGUUCUACGUCAAGGCAAGUUUUCGAGACUCUCCCCAUUCCGAAUCGGUCCGGAAAACAAUCUUGUCAUUGCUAACAUUUCUGGCCGCCUGCUCACAGAACACCGACGGCAAGCCCAACGAUAUCAGCGAGGAUACUGUAAAGCAGUACCUGCACAACGAAGCUUAUGCCUGCCAAUACGGAGGAAAGUCCACGCAAGAGGGCCACUGGGAGAUUGUCUCCGACCCUAACCCUGGCGAAUGUGUCUCUUCUUCGCCUUCAAGCAAGCGCGAUACUACCGUCCGUGGGUGGAGAGCAUAG